UACAUGUCUUCACGUCCAGUUUCCACAUUCUCGCCUGGAAUGAUUCAUGUCGUCCUAAAUGCAGUUAGGUACAGCCCGUGCUCGUAAAACAAGAAACGCGCAUUUCGUAGUCUUAAGUCAAGCCCAGACAUGCCCGAUACUGUAUCGAGUGAUCCCGGUUCGAAGGUUUCGGACCCACAACAUUCCCAGAAACUCCUCAGGGUGCUUCGCACCUUCUGGCAAGAGCAGAGUUUCCACGAUGCGCUGCUGGUGGUUGAUGGAGAGGAGCUUCCUAUCCAGAAAAACAUCCUGGCUGCUGCCAGCCCUUAUAUCAGGACCAAGCUGAACUACAAUCCCCCAAAGGAAGAUGGGUCUACAUACAGAAUCGAGCUGCAGGGGGUCUCCAUGCCCAUCAUGAAACAGAUCCUGGACUACAUCUUCAGCGGUGAAAUCACUUUGAGUGAAGAGACCAUCCAGGACAUGGUGCAGGCAUCUGACCUCCUCCUCAUGACAGACCUCAAGUCCCUGUGCUGCCAGUUCUUAGAGAGCUGCAUCACUGCAGAGAACUGCCUUGGCAUCCGGCUCUUCUCUCUGCACUACUGCCUUUACCACGUCCACUAUGCUGCCACCGAGUUUCUGCAGACACAUUUUGGUGAUGUUGCACGCACCGAGGAAUUCAGAGAGCUGCCCCCGGACCGGCUCUGAGAGGUGCUGGCCAUGGAGAAGCUGAAUGUGGGCAAUGAAAAGCAUGUGCUGGAGGCUGUGGUGCGAUGGUUUGCACAUGACCCCGAGGAUCGCAGGGUGCUUAUGAAGGAAGUGAUGUCUGCAGUGUGGGUGCAGGGCCUGGAUGCAAGCUACCUGAGAGAGCAGGCCAUGGGAGAGCCGCUGAUGAGGGAGGUGAUCAGAGAGUACUGUCAGCAGGUGCUGGGGGCUGGUCCGCUGCAGGGGGAGGCUCUACUCGCUGCCUUCAAACCCAGAGGUUACUCUGAGUGCAUUGUUAUCGCCGGAGGAGAGGAUCGCAAAACUAAGAAGCCAUCUGCUGCAACACGCUGCAUGUGUCCGCUCUAUGACACCAACAGACAGGCCUGGAUCGAGCUACAGCCAAUGAGCGUCGCCCGUGUCGGCCACGGGGUGGUUGCUGCUGAGGGUUUUCUGUUUGUCAUGGGCGGAGCAGAUGAACACAAUACAGUCCUAGACAGUGGAGAGAAAUAUGACCCUGACUCCAACACCUGGAGCUCCAUACAGCCAAUGCUACAGGCUCGUCAGAGCUUUGGUGUGGUGGAGUUGGAUGGUCUGAUCUACGUUCUUGGAGGAGAGACCAACGAAACAGAGCUGCUCACAGUUGAGGUGUAUGACCCUCACUUCAAUACCUGGAAAAUGCAGACCAGCAUGACCAUGGUCCGCAAGGUCGGCUGCUAUGCCUCCAUGAAUAAGAAGAUCUAUGCCAUGGGUGGGGGCUCCUACGGCAAGCUGUUUGACUCUGUUGAAUGCUUCGACCCCAAAACCCUGCAAUGGACAGGCCUCUGUCCUCUAAAGGAGAGAAGGUUUGGGUCGGUGGCAUGUGGCGUCGGCCAGGAGCUCUACGUGUUCGGUGGAGUUAGAAGCAAGGAGAAUGACAACCCUGAGCAAAGACAGAUGACCACCUGCAAGUCUGAGUUCUAUCAUGACGAGAUGAGGAGGUGGAUGCUCUUGGAUGAUCAGACACUGUGUAUCCAGACCAGCUCAUCCUUCAUUUAUGGUGCUGUGCCCAUUGGAGCCAGCAUCUAUGUUGUGGGAGACCUGGACACAGGAACGAGCUUCGACUACAUUCGGGAGUUUCGCCGCAGCACUGGGACGUGGCAUCGCACCAAGCCCAUGUUACCCACUGACCUCUCCAAAACAGCCUGCGCUGCGCUACGCAUCGCCAACUGUCGACUGUUCCGCCUUCAGUUGAGCCAGGGCAUGUUCCGAAUCCGAAUGUGACUUUGGCACACCAGCUGGUGCUGCGUCGACUUCAUGCUCCACUUUUGCACACUGGUAAUUUCUACCUGCUGUAGGCCUUGGUUUAGGGAUUUUAUGAACACUAUAUUAUUAUAGUUGCUAGAUAUUGAGGAUUGUGACUGUCCAUUCAGGAGUUUACAGUCAACUGAGACUCGACGGGACAAAAGAUCGUUUAACGUUAUAAGUUUUAUGACCGUUUUUUUAUAACGCUAAAUAUUUUUUCUUUUUAACAUGGGAUUUGAUCAUUAUUUGCUUUUUUAUUUUUAUGGACAUUCCUCAUUUGUUAUGUUUACUGAUGAUCUGUUGCUUGGUGAGGGAUCUAAACUGUGAACAACAGGUGAUGAAUUAUCUACCACAUUGUUACAUGAGGAAUUAUGAUUGACAUUUUAAAUGCACUGCUGAGUUGCAAUUUGUAUUUUAGGAUGUAUUAUGUUGUUUGUUGGUGUAUUGUUCAUCUUUCUGGCCAAUCAUUUACAACAUAAUCACGUGUCCUGAUUUUUGCAACAGCUGCAGUGGAGGUGAAGGGUUGAAAAUGUUGUAGCUCAGUGGGAAGUGAGACUUUGGUCUCCUAGAAUCAAAGAGCUGUGGGGCGUUGUGCGUAAUAACAAUGAUCUUAUGGGUUCAGUGCAUGUUACACUGUGCAAGUUGGCUCUCAUAAAAUUCUGGUAGCAGUAUGCGUAAGACUAUACAGUAUCAACUUUGGGACCUGUCAGUCUGCGAAUUGUAUUGUUACCAUGUAAAUAGGAAAAAAAAAUGCAAGCAGUGAAAUGUCAUCAACUCGUGUCAUCCGUGUACGCCGCUUUCUAGUUUUAAAUGCAGCAAAACAAAAAAACUUUGUGGCCAUAGCGUGGGCACUGUCAUGGUUUUUUUUGUAGCAAGUGUCGCUAACAAAAUUGCAUUGGCCAUUGUAUUCUGCUUUACCUCAUGUUGUUCUCUGAUUGGGAGGUUACAGUAGAGCCCCCGAAGGGAGGUUGUGCGUGCGACACAUUUGAAGAGUUUCACUUGACAUAAAUUUAAGAGCAGUGCAACGUUUUCAAUUUAAGCUUUGCCGAAAUCUUGUAGUCGUCUCCUUGGUAACCAGAGACCCCCUGCUCUUUUCAUGCUACGAGUCUAUUUCUGUCUCAUUUAGUGAAGCAUAAUCUGCACAGGAAGUUGUUUAAAAUCACACAAAUAUCGCUCUGUAUAUGUGUUUUUAGGUUAAGAGUAUAUUUAUUGAUGGAUCAGCUCCCUCUGUAAGCUGCAGAUUCCCCUCACUCACUAUGUUGGGCAGGGAAAUAAAUGAAUUACUAAAAACAAACACUGUUGAUUUCUUCCCAUGGCACUGACGUGAAAAAUAUUUUUGGUCACUAAAAGUCUGAUGUCUGUCUGCCUGGUGAAGGCAGUUCGGCCGGCCGCUGUCCUCUGAGCUCCAUGGGAGCUGCUGCUGACAGACACACUGCACAUUUAAGACUACUUAUUACACUUAAUUUCUGUCCAAAAUGUGUCAUAUGUGUUGUGCAACACUCAUCAAAAGUGUCAUGUGCCCAAACAUAAAUCAAGCUUAAUCAAGCUCCUUGGUACCAACCAUGUCAGCAUAGCUUGUUGGGAAGGGGACUAAAUAACCAAAGUUAAAUUUUGGUGAGGGAAGAACUUGCAUGCCAGUUUUCAAAAGGGUCCCUUGAACUCUGUGUGUCGGUAACUGUCUACAGUAUGUAAUGUCCAUGCACAUCAGAUAAUUUGUGACAUCAACUGUAAAAUAAGAAACCAAAGUAUCAGACAUAGUUUUCAACUAGCCUAUAUACUUAAACGGCAUAAUCGCAUUCCUGAAAUUCAGUUAUGGCUUUUGGUUGUGGUGUUCCACCCGAAGAUUUUCAGUAGCAUCAUGUGGCCACUCCUAUGAAACAUUUCUGGGGGUGCCAUUGGGGUUGUAGAAGCAGUCACAAAGCCCUCUAGCGGCUGUAGGAAUUAUGUCUGUUGUGAAUCGAAAGCAAAGGGGGAAGUAAUGGGAGAUUUUUAUAAAGCUUUAAGUAAAGGAAGGAGGUUGGGUUGGAUGGAUGGGUCAGUAAAAUAUCUGAAAUGGGAGACUUUCCCUGUUUCCUAGUGACAGUCAGCAUUACUUUCUUUUAACCAUUCCCCAACAUUAAUCAAAGAGUUAUUAGUGUAACAAAGUGGAACUUAUCCCACAAUGCGUUGCACAGACUCAUGGUUUAUGCAUAGAAUGGAUGAGGAUCUGAGAGUGGAUUUUCCAUGAAGUCAUGAAUCACUGAGAGACAAUGCAACACAACAGUAACCUUGGCUGCGUAACUUGUUUCAGUGAGUGUAUCUGCAGCAUCUCCUUCACUGAAAAAACACCCCUGGGCAGAUGACUUCCACAUUUUCACUGACGUGUAUUCCACAAACUUGCUGAAUGUUUAAGAUAAGACAAGAUAAGAUGUCCCAAAUAGGAAAUUUGUUUUGGGCACAUGUGCUCUACUCAGUAGUCAGUUUUAAUUGUUGACCAAGCUGUCUGGACCCAGCCUGUUCAGAAAUAGACUUUGCUGCGAGUGACACUCCUCAGUUGCUGGAUGCGUUGCUGCCUUUGUGACCUCUGACCCGGCUUUCCAGUCAGUACAGUUUUGGCAUCCCUUGACCCCAUUUGUUCUGUGUGAGUUACAGCUGCUGCUGUCGGUCCUCGGCUCCUGGGGCAGCACAUACAAACGUAGACACACUCAGUGGAGCUCAUGGAGUGUUAAUACAAACACACCUCUCAUAAGAUCAGGAAGAACAUUCACUUGACACACACUGCACACAAGAAACUUUCAGGGUUUAAACUGUGCUUUUGCUGGUAAGGUCCUAUAAAAAGUAGUCUUUAAAUACAGAAAUCCAUGUUCUUGUUAAAAUGAAAAACUAAUCAAACGUGAGAAAAUGAUUUACCAUUUAAAGACUCUUCAUGUGUUUUGUGUGGAAAAUUGUAAAAAAAAUGGAUGUGUUUGAAUCAGUGGGAGUCAGAGCUGUUCACACACCGAAUCAAAAACAAACCCCAGCACCAAAAUUCAAAACAAGAUUUUAGAACUUUCAAACUGAGAGAGAAGGCAUCCUGCCACACCAGCUGGACAUAAGUUGAGUCAACAUUUAGUGAUAGAUUAUAACCACCUAGUUUUACACUAAACUUACCACUUUGUUCAGGUGCACCAUCUCGCCAUUUCUGUUGUGCUUUGAUGUUCUAUUAUGUUACCAAGGUGAAGAUGGCUUUAUUACACAUAGGGUCAUAAAUAGUCACAUCAGGUUUACAAGUUUGUUUGUAUUUACAAACAAAGAAGUGCAGCAACGCAUGUCUACAGGCAGGAAAGGCAUGAAUGAUGGUGACUGUAAAGUAGUGUUUGAAGUGGGCCGGUACUGAGCGUUACACAGUCCUGGCAAUUGAUUGCAGGGCUGCAGUAUGCAGUAUGAGUCCUGGCUCAUACUGGUGUACCAUAACUUUUCUUGCACACCAGGCAUUUCUCACAAGCUGCUGUACUCUUGUCUUCCCUCUCCAUGCCUUCUCUGUUGGCGGUGAGUCUAAGAAACAGCUUCAUCUUCAAAAGUCAAAUCAUACGUUACUAAAUGCAGGCCGGGAGCAGCAAGCUAACCUUAGCGUCACUUCUAGCAGCAAAGAGUCUGUUGAUGUAACGUUAGCACCAUCAAAACCAGCAAGUCCACCGCAAGUGAUGACAAGACUGGUUCCUUUAAGUAACCCUGCACAUAUCAUUCAUCUGCCACAAGCAAACUGACUCAUAAAACAACUCUUUCCAUCUCCCCAGUGCACACACCAACAUGUGAAUAAGGGGAGUACUAGCACUUAUGUUUUUGCACUUCAAGCACUGCUGUAGAGCAUAAUACCAAGCAUGCAUGUCAGUGACAUCAUAACUCCACAGAAAUGUAGUCUGUUACAGGAAGUGUGCUCUCCGUAUAAAUAUCAAAGCAGAUUCUCCUCUGGCUCUUCCAUCAUCACUUUUCUCUAGCUGUCGCUAACAGGAAGGAGUAACUUUUAAGUUUAGUCUUUAUUCUAUGUUAUGUUCAGCUGACAAAAAAGCCAAACUGAUAUUUUUUGAUAUAAUCUGAAAUAUAUAAAAAGGUCAAUGUUGUCAUUGUGUCAAACCCCAGAUCAAACCUGUCAGUAAAAGAACAGUCCCCAGACAGUACUCACGCUGAUAUGACUCACCAGCUGAAAUAAAGGAUUUCCUGCAGUUCAUCGUCACUCUCAGCACAACACAAAGCUGGAGGACCAGUCUCCUGAGGCCCAUAUGUCAAUAUUGUGCUUCCUUAUUUUUGCACAGACACUAGCAUUCCAUAGUGUCCAAUCAUUUACACUAAAUACUACAUUACAUUUCCAAGCUGCUCUGUAUCCUAAACAACACUUAUUCUCAUGUGGAAACACCUUGUGACUUUGUUGUGAUACACUGGAGCAGAGCAUAAGUGAAAAUAAUAACUAAACUGAAAAGGUGUAGCGUUAACCAAAGCUGUGUUGUGCAAGAUGGGCAGUGGAACUGUUGUUUCAGUUUGUACUUUUGUUAGUGAUGCAUGAGGAAGUUUUGUAAGAUGCUGGUCAUGAGUGUCAUUCAUUUACGUCAACGGAAUUAAAACACCAAUGUGGUCAACUAUA